GUUCUCGGUGAAACGAUUGAUCGUGAGACCAAUUUAUAUUUGGAAUAUGAAAUUUUAUAUGGAAUGGGAAAAUUGGAUAAUAUUCGUUGAGAUAUAAUUGAGGAGGUUACGUGCGAAUAUAUAACACAAUCGAUGGACGAUGUUUUUAAUGUGACAGAAAGCAGUGUCAGCAUGCCCAUUUAUUUGAACGAGCCCGAGAGUGUGCCCGAAGAUCAUAUGACUUUCUUAUUUGGUGUGAUCAUGCUGAUGAGUGUCUCGAUUGGAUGCCUCCUGCUGGCGUCACGAGUUUCCACCAAAAAACAAAAUCGAGUGCCGUCUUACCGGAGUAUUUGUGAGACGAACGUAUCGCCGAGCAGCGCCGGCUCUCCAAUGCCUCCGCCGUCCUAUCAAGAGCUAUUAUUGAACGAUGAGAUCACGUUGUUUGAUCAGUAUCGAUUGAGAGAUGAUGUGAUUGCAGGUAAUGUUUAUGGAAUACGGUGUGAUCAGCAAUCGAUCGACGGAUCGAAAUUAGUAAUUGUAUUGAUCACGCUGACGCAGUGGUGGUUGCUGCCGAUGUGCCUUGGAAUGGAGAUUAUUUGGAUGGGACGAAAUUAUUUGGAUGGAAGUGGUAUUUCGUCGCGAAGAAGGAUAUUUUUGAUGGAAUUGACGUUUGGUGGAUGA